AUACGAUAUUUCUGUUAGCUGUCAGAAUUAACCGGGAGGUGCAUUAAUAUCAUUAUGAAGUAUGCAUUUAUGAUUGCUUUCUCGUUUCUGCUGUUAUGCCAUCUUGUGGCUGCUCGGCAAAAGGUGAUAUUAUUACUAGCUGAUGGUCUACGAUGGGACCGGUUUGAAGAAGAUCUUCCCAGCUUGAUGAGAGUCGAAGAGAAUGGCGUCAGAGCUGAGUGGAUGGAUGGCGUGUUCGUGACAUUAUCAACCCCGUCAAUGUAUUCUAUCGCAACAGGGCUAUACCCUGAGAGCCAUGGCGCCAUCCACAACCUGUAUUUCGACCCAGUUACUGGAGAAAGAACGUACAGCUACUACUCUACCUUACAAAAGGCCGAGUGGUUUGAUACGGGGGUCGAACCGGUCUGGGUAACCGCCAUUCUGCAGGGUCUAACAGCAGCUACCAUCAUGUACCCGGGAGGAUCGGUUCCCAUUAAAGGUAUCAUUCCAAACAAAACGAUUGCAUCUACGGCAGAGAACAUCCGUAACUACCAAAUGAAAGACAGAAUAGAUCUUACUAUCUCCUGGCUUCAGGAUGACGAUGUUGAUCUCGUCUUGAUGUACUUUGAUAAUCCCGAUGCAUACCUCCACCUCUAUGGGAUUGGGUCGGUAAAUGGAACAGCUAAACUAUAUGAGGUCGAUUCUCAAAUCGGUUACCUGUUUGAUCGCCUGGCUGAGACAGGUCUUGAUCAGACUACCAACGUCAUCAUCGCAAGCGACCACGGUCAUGUAAAUGUGGAAAGAAAUGACUACGUCAUCCUCAGCGAUUAUGUCGACAUCGAGGCUGAUAUCGAUUUCCUGGUUGCCGACUAUGGCCCCAUAUUCCAGCUAGUUCCCAAGAAUACAUCGGAUGACAAGGUAUACAACGCCCUAAAGGAUGCCCAUCCAGCUUUACAUGUUUAUAAGAAAGAAGACAUACCAGAGCGACUUCACUACAGAGAUAAUCCUCGUAUCUUACCAAUCAUAGGAUUCGUAGAUCCCGGCUGGCAUAUGCACACAAGGAGAGCACUUCACCCAGCCGCCGACGUGUCCUCCGAUCACGGUUACGAUAACGAAUGGAAGGUGAUGAAAUCGUCAUUUUAUGCUCAGGGACCCCACUUCAAGAAAAACUAUCUUGCCCCUGCAUUGGAAUCGGUUGAUUUAUACAACCUCAUGUGUGAGAUUCUCGACAUCGAACCAGCACCAAAUAACGGAUCACGUGACCGAUACGUUACUAUGUUAGCAAACCCUACCACUACCGCCUCUCCGUGGACCACAUCGUCGGAUUCGAAGCCGACGAUGGCUCCUUUAGUCACUGCUCUCAGUUUCGUAGUCGGAGUCAUAUUUUCUUCCAACUAGAUGUGAGGGGGGGGGGGGGUACAUUCAUUACAAGAUGGACAUCGCACCUAUGUACACAAGGCACGAAUGUUUAUUUACUUCUUUUCACGGCUGGGUGAUGUACCCGCGUUCAUUGAAAAGGGUAUAAUUUUUUUUUAAUAUGGUAGAAAGUAUUUGAUUCAUGAGUGCAGAGAUUUAAUAUUCAUUCUUACAUC